AUCGAUUUUGAAAAAUGGAGCUAUCGUGGCUGUCCAUGUUGCUUUUCAUCUUUUUUUGUAACUUAUUUGAAUGUUGUCUUUCGGAUAAUAAUUCUGUUCCUAGGUCUGAUUAUGACAGUACAACGUUUGAAACUUCUCUCUCUCUAUUUUCGUAAAAGUUGAACCCUGGCAGUCAUACCUCAGCAAAAUCACAUAUGCCAAAAAGAACUACCAGCCAUGUAUUCAGGAAAACUACAGCUGCUAUCUUAGUGUCUUGAAAAAUGACCUUAAGUUGUUUCAAAAUGGCAUAUCUGAGGAGCUGAUGGCAGACACUGUUCAAAGAGGUGUUGGGACACAUUACCAGAUAAUUGGUCACAAGCUUUACAGGGAACAAAGCUGCAUGUUCCCAGCAAGAUGCAGUGGGGUUGAACACUUCAUACUAAAAGUGAUUGACAAGUUACCAGAUUUGGAGGUGAUUAUCAAUGUGCGUGAUUAUCCUCAGGUUCCUAGAUGGGUUCAGCCAGUCCUGCCUGUAUUGUCCUUCAGCAAGACAUCAGACUACCAGGACGUCAUGUACCCAGCAUGGACAUUCUGGGAAGGAGGACCUGCUAUAUGGCCUAUUUAUCCCACUGGACUGGGUCGAUGGGACCUAAUGAGGGCUGACCUGAACAAAUCAGCUGCACAGUGGCCCUGGAAGAAGAAGAGCCCAAAAGGAUUCUUUAGAGGCUCUAGAACCAGUUCAGAGAGAGACCCUCUGAUCCUUCUUUCUCGAGAGGCACCUGAUGUUGUGGAUGCUGAGUACACAAAGAACCAGGCCUGGAAGUCAGAGAAGGACACUCUGGGGAGCCCCCCAGCCAAAGAGGUUCCCCUAGUUGACCACUGUAAAUACAAAUACCUCUUCAACUUUAGAGGUGUUGCUGCUAGUUUCCGUCUCAAACAUCUGUUCUUGUGUGGCUCGCUGGUUUUUCAUGUUGGUGAGGAGUGGAUUGAGUUCUUCUAUCCACAGCUCAAGCCGUGGGUGCACUAUAUUCCUGUCAAACAGGACUUGUCUGACCUCAGAGAACUACUGCAGUUUGUAAAAGAAAACGAUGGUGUGGCAGAAGAAAUUGCUAUGAGGGGUCAGAAGUUUAUUCUUGAUCACCUACGCAUGGAGGACGUAUAUUCUUACUGGGAGAGGCUGCUGACGGACUUCAGCAAGCUUCUCAAAUACAAACCUAAAAGAAAUUCAAACUUCAAUCAGAUCAUUCACAGACCCAGCAAACUUGAACUCUGACCUGAGGAAAUCAUGAUAGGAGCAUUUCCUUUACAUUCCUCUUGUUCUUUAAAAAUUGCACUUGUUUGGCUUUAAACUGAAUGAUAAUAAUCAAAUGGCACAGACAUCAUCUUUUGGAUGUCUAAAUAAAUUUUGAGACUGUGUGAACUGUGUAAAGGGUGACACAAUAAUUAUUAUUUAUUGUGAAUACAAUAAAUAAUUUAAUAUGGUCCUGUUGGAACUAGUUCAAGUGUUUUUCAUACAAUAAAUAUAAAUUUCUCUUCCAUUUUAAGCAAAGCUAUUUAUUUUUUCCAUAUCUGUCACUCACCCCAUGUUGUGUGGAUGACGUGAUAUUAAGGGUUGGACUGUAUUGUAUAUUAGCACUACAUGUGAAUCAAAACGGGUUGUGUAUCAGUGUGUUGUAGUGAAUUAUUUCUCAUUAUUACACGGCUCUCUGGAAUGCUUGAUUCUGAUUGGUCAGUUGAGACAUUUGCAGGUUCGUUCUUUUCAAAUAAUAACCGCUCCAAAAUAAUAACGCAUAGCCGGACUACUUUCACGAGUAAAAUCGCUCCGCGCCAAUAAAGAUCAAUAAAGAUUACUGUCUGUUUGGCGCCAUCUUGUGACAAACACUCGACAACCACGACAAGACACAGACAGCUUACUGAGACUGAACUUGACAAAAUAGAGCAUGACAGCUACGAAGCCAACACACAAAAAAAUACAGAAUGGGCAUUAAAACUUCUCAAAGACUGGCUAAAAGAGAAAAAAUGGAGACAAGUAUGAAGCAGAGGAUCUUAAUAAGGUAUUACGAUCAUUUUAUGCAUCGGUGCAAAGUUUCGCGGAAGGAUAAAAAUGUUAAUUUAAAACAAAUAUGCC